AUGCCGACCCUGCAAAACAAGGUCGAUGUACACUCGCACUAUGUGCCAGACAGCUACCGACAAGUCUGUCUUGAGCAUGGGCAUGCUCACCCAGACGGCAUGCCAGGGUUUCCGACAUGGUCGGAAGACGAGCAUCUGGCAAUGAUGGACUCACUCGAUAUCAACAAGGCAUAUCUCAGCAUCACUUCGCCAGGAACCCAUCUGAUCCAAGGGAACGACGACCUGGCUCGAAGAGUCACUAGAGAUUGUAACAUCGCGGCAGCAAAUUUCAAGAGACGUUGUCCAGAUCGCAUUGGAUUCUUUGCUUCAACCCCCCUGCCCGACGUAGCUGGAACUCUGGAGGAAAUCAAAGCCGCGUUUGACAAAAAGGAUCUAAAUGCUGAUGGCGUCGUUGUAGAGACGAACCAUCAUGGGACAUAUCUGGGAGACGAAAAAUUUGAACCAGUGAUGCGGGCUCUUAAUGAGAAGAAGGCAGUGGUAUUCAUUCAUCCGACGACACCCUGCUUGGGCACCGGACAAGCAGCCACGCCGCUCCCUCAUAUACCUCAGCCCAUGCUGGAAUUCUUCUUCGAAACGGCGCGGGCAGUUGCUAAUCUGUUCAUUUCUGGGACCGUUAACAGAUAUCCAAACAUCACAUAUAUUAUUUCACACUGCGGUGGUGCUCUCCCACCAAUGAUCCGACGCAUCUGCGGAGCAAGUCCGAUCAUAGGUCUCGGGGAUGACUUGUCCGUUGAGAAGGUUCACGCGAAAUUGAACCAGCAAUUUUACUUCGACACAGCGGGCUGGCCGUUUCCAGAACAGAUGCAGGGUCUAUUACAACAUGUCACCCCAGAGCGCAUCCUGUAUGGCACUGACUUUCCAUGGACACCGAUUAGUGUGGUGACGCAGUCAUCAAAGGACCAUGAUGAGUUCGUGCCCCAGGCCUUUCCGAACCAGCAAGAUCGUGAUAAACUUUGCUUUGAGAAUGCACAGAGGUUGUUGCCAUCUAGCUAG